AUGCCUAGGAAAUCCAUAAAAAGGAAACAUGUGGAAGUACUUUGGGAGAUGCUGGAGGAGCGCGUCACCCACAGAGAGCUUCGAAUGAUGACAGGACGAAGGGACGCUGUUGCCGAUCGUCUUGACUUCACUUUGCUGGAACGUAUUCAAAGACUGGAAUCGCGACGCUACCUGCACCAAUCCAAGUACCGCAUGUCGUCAAAAUAUAUCUUUGAAGAAGACAUGAAGGCAAUUGCCAACGGAGAUGUGCAGCCGUGGCUCAACGCAGAUGAAUUCCUGCAGAAAUACCGCAUGUCAAAAGCCAACUUCCACAAGUUGGUCAACAAGAUUAGAGACUGUGAAGUAUUUCAGACCCCAUAUGGCAAGACUCCACAAUUUCCAGUGGAGUAUCAGCUCAUGGUAUUCCUACACUAUGUUGGAACACUUGGAGUUACCAAUCCUGGGUCCAGAAACGAGUUCCGUAUUGGGCAUGGAACUGCAAACGUGUUCCGGAAAAGAGAUUCUUUUGACUAUUAUGGUCGAAAGUGCCGCUACAGCUUUUCUGUUCCAAUUGUUUGCGAUGACAAGAGAAGGAUUCGGUACUACCUUGCAGGUUGGCCUGGCAGUGCCCAUGACAACCGAAUCUGGAAGAACUGUGAUCUUUAUAGAAAUGCAAGUGAACGUUUCUCUGCGUUGCAGUACUUAUUUGGUGACUCUGCCUAUGAGUGUUGCCAACAUAUGGUUGCAGCGUUUCGCAACUAUGACAGUCAUCCAAUGGCAAGGGACAAAGAACAGUUUAAUAUGGCACUGGGCAGUCCAAGAGUUCUAUCCGAACACACGAUUGGUAUGCUAAAGGGUAGAUUUCCAUGGCUACAAUCAAUGAGAAAUAAGAUCACAGACGAUCCCAACUCGCGGAGAAAAGUUGUUUCCAUCAUUGGAGCCUGCAUCAUUCUUCACGAUUUCCUCAUUGAAGAAACCACACUAGAAGAAGACAAAUUCCUGUGGGAAGAUGACGAUGAUAAGUCCACUCUUACCUCUCAAGAACCUCUUGGGGAUGAUGACGAGCUUAACCAGCCUAUUCCGGAGUGGGCAACAGGAGACGCCUGUCGUAUGCAACUGCAACAGUACAUCCUAGAAUUAAGGAACCAUUAG